ACGUAGUAAUUGAUAUGAUGAUGUUCUUAGUUGUGAUAAAGAUGUAUUGAAAAUACUAGCGUUAUGUAUAAUUUGUAAAACUAAAAUAUCGUUAAAAUUUUAAAUACUUUGGUGGAAAAAUAAUGGAGAAUUUAAAAUCAGAAGAAAAAACAUUCGAGGAAAAAAAAUACACCACUUGGAACAAUAGAACAUUGUUAGAGCGUUACCUUAUUUUUGUGUGUCUUGUCAUUUUUAUUGCCUUCCUCGUCAUGAUUGGCGUUUUAUUACAUUUUCAAAAUUUAUUCCAAAAACCAAAGAAAGAAGUUUGCUUAAGUAACGUAUGCAAAUUUUCAGCUGGUUCUAUUCUAACAAAUAUGGACUUCACCGUAGAUCCAUGUGACAACUUUUAUGAAUUUUCAUGCGGAUCUUAUUUGAAAUACGAAAAUAUUUUCGACGACGAUAUUCGUAGUUUCACAAACUUAAAGCAUUAUAUUAUGUAUUUAGAAAAAGAACAGUUGGAGAAACCAGAAAAUUUCAAUGAUCCAGCAUUCGUUAAAAAAGUAAAGAAAUAUUUUAAGUCCUGUUUAAAUAAACCUAGCGACGUGAAACAGAUUAUUCAUGAAAUUUUAAGUGCAGUUAACUUGAAUGGUUGGCCCCUUUCUGAUAAUGAUAAUUCAAAAUCAACAAUAGAGGAAGUUAUGGCACUAGCAUAUGCGUACCAAAAUCAUGGACACGUGUUUGGAUUACGUAAACGUCAAAACAGCUCUUCCAUAACUAUAAGUCGUGGAUCUGAUUUUGUUAAGUCAUCUGUGUUAUUGAAUACGACUGAAGAAAAGUGGAUUAAGUUAAAAAAGAAAUAUGUAAAUUUGAUAGACUACGUACUUUCUGAAUUAGAUUUGUCAACAGAAAAUAAGAACAAGCAUAUUGAUGAAAUAAUCGACUUUCAAACAUCUUUAGCAAAAAUUAUAGAUAAAGAUUAUAAUGAUAAUUCAACAAAUACAACUAUAUCAGAAUUACAUUCGAAGUGUUCACAGAUUGAUUGGAAAAAUAUGUUAAUGGUUUUAUUUGAAUAUCUUCAACAUCCGGAAGAAUAUAAUGAUCAAGUUACUAUAGAGGUAAACAGCAUGGACUUUCUGACUGAUUUAUGUGAACUUAUUGGAAACACUAAAAAUAAAAGAAUAAUUUAUAACUUCUAUGUAUGGAUUAUUAUUGUUCGUUAUUUGCCUCGCAUCGACAACAAUUUUAGAAAACUUGUAAUCGAUACGAAAGAAGCUUUAAAUAUGUAUGAGGAAUUUUUUGAAUCGGAUUUGGAUAUGCGUAAACUGAAAUGGAAAUCUUGCAUUCAAGAUAUGGAUCUCUAUACAAAAUUAGGAGCAAAUUUCGUAAUGAUAAAAUCCAUAACUCGAAAAGACAACCUUAAUGAGGUAGAUUAGUUUANGAAACAGAUACGUGAAACGAUGGAUGAAAUAUUUUCGGAAGAAGAUUGGUUCGACAGUUACAGCAAAAAUCUCACCAGAAUUAAAUUGAAGAAAAUUCAUCAGCACAUCGGAUAUCAAAAUAGUUCUGUUAAUGUGGAAUCUUUAAAUAAGUUGUUUGAUAAUAUCAAUAUUACGGAUAAUUACAUUCAAAAUAUAUUAGCUGUACAAAAACAAAUGAUUUCCGAUGAGAUGCUUGAUCCAAGUAAUUAUUUAUUUUUUUGGGAGGAAAUAAAAGUAAAUCCAAUGGAGGUUGGCGCAAGUUUAGAAUUCGAUGGAAAGAGAUCAGUAAUAGAAAUACCGUUAGCAUUGAUGUAUCCUCCUUUUUAUGCUUAUGGAUUACCUCAAUACCUUAAUUUUGGUGGUAUGGCCUUUGUAAUUGGUCACGAAUAUUCACAUGCAUUCGAUCAUUUGGAAUCGAAACGACGAUAUGGAUCAGAAGAGAAUACCGAAUCAGAAGAAGAUACGCAAAAUUCAACAGAGGCAAUUGAUGAAGAAGGAGACAACAUAGAUUUUCCUGAAGAAUUUUUGAUAGAAUACAAGAAAAAGAAAAAUUGUCUGCGAUUUCAAUACUCGGAAUUUCCAUUAGAAGGAAAUCUCACGAUUGAUGGAAAUCAAACAAUUUUCGAUAAUAUCGCAGACAACAGUGGAGUCACUGUUGCUUUCCGGGCUUACGAGAAAUAUCUUAAACGCCAUGGAGAAGAACCUCAUCUUCCUGGUCUCGACUUUACAAACAAACAAAUGUUUUUCAUUGGAUAUGCUCAGGUUUGGUGUGAGGCAAUCGAAUCCAUGAAACAAACUUUUGAAGAUGAUCUACAUAGCCCUGGAAAAUAUAGAGUCAUGGUCCCUCUAAUGAAUUCACCAGAGUUUGCUAAAGUUUUCAACUGUCCUUUGAAAAGUUACAUGAAUCCCGAGCAUAAAUGUCGAUUAUGGGGAUGAAUUGUAUUUACUGUACUGUACAUCCAACUUCAAAAAUCAGAUAUUUAUCAUUGGACAGUUGCACUGAAAUUCAUAUUAGAAUUUUGUUUAUACAGCUUUUUCGAUCAAACAAUUAAGAAAAAUAGUGAACAUUUUUUAUUUAAGACGAAAGCUAUUCAACAAAGUACGAUUGAGAACGGUAAGAAAAAAAUUAGCAAUCAGAUCUCAGGCAAUACGCUGAUGCACACCAUCUGACAAAUUUCAAUAUGAAAAUUACUAUUAUAAUAGUGAUUUAAAUGUCAUAACUAAAUUAAUAAUGUUGUCAAAUGUUAUGCAAAAUUCAAGAUAAAUGUAAUAAAAAUAAGUUUUUUUUAUCGUAUUCGUUUACUGUCGAAUUUAUUUUUGUUUAAAACAUUCUUGGCUAUAUGUCAGUACAUAUAGUCAAGAAUUUAUGACAUGUAUGUAAUGAGUAACAUUAAUUCUUUUGAAAUGCUAUAGUGCAAAAGGUUCAGAAGUAUCAAACAGACUGACAUACAUAAAAAUGAACAAAUUCUAGAGAAGUUUAAGGUUAAAAUAAUGUACAGUACAAUGCAAAGAAUCUCAAUAUGCAAAAGAUCUCAAAAUGGGCGCAUCUUACGAAGGUCUUAGGAAAAUUUAAUAAAGAUAGUGUUCCAGAGAAGUUCAAGGAAAACAGGAAAACAAGAAUACCCAUACUUCAAUGGAAGAUAAUAUUAGGGACUUGACCAACAGAACAUUGACAGAGACUGCUCACGACAGAAACAAGUGAAGAAUUGUCCAUCACCUGUAAACCCAUCGAUAGAGAAUGUCAUGUGAAUGAAUAAAUUAUUUUUAUAAGAAAUUCAUUUUUAUUUUUAACUUACUGAUUUUUUGUCAAACUUUAACAAUUUUAGAAUUACGACUAUGUAGCAGAUUCAAGACCAUUGAUUUUACGGAAUUUUCAUUCGAUUCUAUUAAACAUAAUGUAAAUAUGUAUAAUAAUAUUAAAGAAGUAUUUACUAAAAUUGAUACGAACAUAUCUUACUAAAGA